AUGACUAGCAAGCUUGUUCAAAGGCUACUUAAAGGCCGGAACCUUGAUAAGAAGAAUUCUGGCGCUAAAAAUGGUGGUAAAUCAAGACCAAAGAAAGUCGUAAAGCCAUCUAAGAAGAAACCAAGUAAAAAUGUCAAAUCUGGCAAUGAAAAGGGUGUGGCUGUAGAUGUUUCCGAUCUGAACUGGAAAACAGUUCAAAUUCCUGAUACUAUGGAUGAUUAUGGCGGAUUUUAUGGCUUAGAAGAAAUCGAUGGUGUUGACGUCAAAAUAGUGGACGGAAAGGCUCAGUUCAUCGCUAAAGAUCCCAAGAAAGCCGUCAAGAGCCCAAGUGAGUCAGGAAAGCUGGAUGACGAUAUAGAGGAACAAGAUGAUGGAGAUGAUGAGAAUCCAAUGCAAGAUCUGAUAGAAUUCAAGAACAUGGAUGAUCUAGAAGAAGGUGAAUUGGGCGCCCCGUCAUCUGACGGAUCUGAGGAAGAAGCAGGCCAGGAUGACGACAUGGAAGACGACAUAAAAGAUGUCAAUGUUGAUGAAGAGCCACAGCAGAGAAGUGAGGAAAAAGAAGAAGACGAAGUUUCUAGCCAGCUUGGAAUUGAGGCAGCGGACGGCGAACCCGAGCAGCCGGCUGACGACGAUGAACUUGAGGUAAACGUUUUCGGCGAUGAAGUUGAUAUCGAAGACCUGGAAGGCCUCCCAGAGUGGACCAGUCGAAUGAAGCUUUCCAUGACCACUUUACAAGGCCUUUCAAAGCAAUAUUUCGUAAGGCCUACCGAAAUCCAAGCCGCGGCUAUUCCACUGGCCUUAGAUGGUCAUGAUAUAAUGGGGAAGGCUUCUACUGGUUCAGGUAAGACUUUAGCUUAUGGAAUACCAAUAUUGGAAAAACUGGUUGCAGACCAGUCUGGAAGUAAGCCAAUCGGGAUCAUUUUCACCCCUACACGAGAGCUUGCUCAUCAAGUCACCCAGCAUAUGCAGAAACAGGCGUUUUCCAUCAAUAAAAAAAACCCGUAUGCCAUUGUUUCGCUAACCGGCGGCCUGUCCAUUCAUAAACAGGAACGUUUACUCAAAUAUGAUGGCUGUGCCAGAAUCAUUAUCGCCACCCCAGGAAGAUUUUUAGAGAUUAUUGAAAGAGACCCAAAAUUGAUAGACCGGUUUUCUCAGAUAGACUACUUAGUACUUGACGAGGCGGACAGAUUAUUGCAAGAUGGACAUUUUGAUGAAUUUGAUAAGAUUCUCAAGCACCUAGGGAAGGCCAGAAAUAUGAAAAGGAAGGUCAAAAGUGAGUAUGCCGGAACAGGAUGGCAAACCAUGAUUUUUUCUGCCACAUUCUCGAUGGAUUUAUUCAAUAAGCUUGUAACUACAAAUUGGAAGAAACUGGGUAAGGACAAAGAUACGAACGAAAUGGAGCAGGCGUUAAAACAUUUGAUGACCAAAAUUAAUUUUAGAUCCAAACCUGUCAUUGUUGAUGUUAACCCAGACAACAAAAUACAUUCCAAGAUUGCUGAAGCGCUCAUAGAGUGUCUACCAACAGAAAGAGAUCUCUACACGUACUACUUUCUGACGGUCUACCCAGGUACAACAUUAGUAUUUUGCAAUGCUAUUGAUUCCGUCAAGAAACUCAAUUCCUACCUAACUUUUUUGGGAAUAUCAUCUUUCCAGAUUCAUUCAUCCAUGACUCAAAAGAAUCGGUUGAAAAACCUCGAGAAAUUUCGGCAAGAAGCCUCUUCCAACAAAACUCAUGGCAAGCCCACUGUUCUGAUAGCUAGUGAUGUUGCAGCCAGAGGUCUAGACAUUCCAGACAUAAAGCAUGUCCUGAACUACCAUUUGCCAAGAAGUGCGGAUGUAUACAUUCAUAGGUCAGGGAGAACUGCUCGUGGUGACAAUGAAGGUGUUUCAGUCAUGAUCUGUUCUCCUCAAGAGGCUAUGGGGCCGCUCAGAAAAUUGAGAAAGGUUCUUUCUUCGAAGUCGGAAGCCGCCCACGGUAAGAAGUGGCAGAAAGAUGUUCCAGUUUUCCCAAUUGAGCCUGGCGUCCUUUCACAGUUACGCGAUAGAGGUGCAAUAGCGAACGAACUUGCUGAGGAUCAGCUCGCUACGCGGUCUUUGACUAAGGAUGCGAACUGGUUGAAAAAAGCAGCCGAUGAUUUAGGAAUUGAACUAGACUCCGAAGAUGAAUCUAAAGACAUUAUUCUGGCUAAGAAUAAAGUCAAAAAGCAAGGCAAACAGCUGGGAAAACAGGAAGUAAAAGAUCUGCAGUUUCAACUCAAACAGAUGUUGAAGAAGCCUAUUCGUAAAGACUUGCGAAAAAGCUAUUUAACGGGUGGUUCCACAAACUUGGCUGACGACUUGGUUAAAAAUACUGGACACGCAUCAAUCAUUGGACACAAAAAAACCGACGCAUUGGAAUUUUUGAAGAAAAACAAGAAGAACCGUAAGUGA